CCGGCCUGCUCACUGCUGCAGGCCUAGCAUCCAAUGAAGGCCUGGCUCGGGUAUCUGAUGGGCGACAUAAAGCUGAGCCCCCCCUCUCUUUCAUUGAAUUCAUCAAGUGAACGACUUAUUGACCCAGUGAGAGGUGUCAUCAACAAUCUGUCCUUCAAUCUCUUCGAACGUGACCAUGUCAGAGGUCUUCUGGCAUAUCGUGCCCUCUCCGGAAGAUACGGAGCCCAUCCCGAACUUGGAACUCCCGCGAAUGCUUUGGCAUGUCCAACAUUCCGGAUCCCAAUCUAUCAAUCUCAAGGACGGUGGCUUCCAAGCUCGGAACCCCUUCCUUGACAUCCGUACCUCCGAUGCGCUGAAGAUAGAGGCAGGUAGGCAUUUCAAAUGGGGGACGCGGGACUGGGAUUCUUGUUUUCUCUCUGCCUUCGACGAUCAGGUUCACGCAGAUAAUUGGGCCAAGUUACGGUGCCUUGAAAAGCCCGUCCUUGUCUACGAGUUGGACACGUCCAAGUUACCAGCCGGCACCACACUAUUCCAGUCAACCGCGCUGUGUCGAGCCUUGGAUAUUCGUCAUCCGUGGAUGGAGGACGAAUGGAUCUUCUAUCAGCAAAUUCCAACUAGCUGUAUCGCUAGACGAUACUAUCCUUGGAGUAACUAUGAGCGCAUCUUCCAAUCCCCAAUACAUCUUACAGUCUCGGCUGAGCUUCUUGUGGGUGCUGAAUGGCUUCCACCGCGCAAUACCGAUGGGCCUAGGCCGCCCAGCCCAGCCAAGAAUGAGGAAGAUCAGGACGACCUAGAUGACCUAGCCGGCAGGUUGAACGGGUUAGAGCUCGACAACGAUGCCAGCACACCGAAUGGCGAUACAUCCGAUGCAGAUGGAUCAAUACACGAGGUCGUCAAAGUCGAACCAGCCGACGAUACUCCCAGCGGCAUUGUUUCGGAACACGAGGAGGAUGUUGAUGCCAACCCGAUCGUCGAUGCACCAGACGAAAGUGAUCCAGUAAGGCAAGAGGGCACCGACUCAUUGACCGACGAUAUCCUGAGGACCAAUGACGCAGCAACAGAGCACAUCGACCUUACCCCAACUAUUGACACGCCGAACGUCGAAGCUUCGGUCUCGGAGGAGGACACUGAUACUCAACUGACCGGCGAAACCGUCGUGGCGGAUGAUUCGGAACAAGAAGAGGUUAUCAACCCUUCUUCGAAGGAUGACUUGUCCAAGGCUAAUGCUGGUGGUCCCUUCCAACAGAAGAUCACCUGGCAGGCCAACAAGGAGAUCCUGGAGACCAAAUCGAGUGUCUCGGUAGUGGUGCAGUUGGAAGUCCGGGCCGCAGAUGAGGUUGAGGGUUGAUCUUUUGCGUGCUUCAUGGCAUGUUCUUUCCGGUAAUCAGGCUGCGUCUUUUCAGUGCGAUGGGUAUGAUUUAUCAGUGUUGUUCAAAAGUUGAGCAACCCUCUUGGUGAUAAACGCAGGAAGCUUUAGCUCAGCUGUGUACAGGUGUAUGGUGGGUGCUCCCGAUAAACUCGCUGGAGGAUCGAGAAGGCAAAUAGACAAGAGUGUUGCUGUGCGAAACCUUGGCUUAUGCGGCGAUAGCAAACGUAGGUGCCUUAC